AGCGCAGCAGCGAUUCCCGCAAAAUGCCUGGCAAAGCAGCUAUUUCAGUCGCCUUUUACCGAGCUUUUUCUAGAGUAGCCAUAUUGAUUCACAAUCGCAAUGUUUCAUAAACGUAUCAUUCAACUCAUUGCCGUACUCAUUCCCGUCCUUGUCCUGACAAUGGGCCCGCUUGUCGUACUGACUCUGUCCUUGUCGACCACCUUAUUUCGUCCCGUGCUUCUCGUUUAUGUGGCAUGGUACGCUUUAUUUGAUCGCGAUCCGUGGAAGGGCGGAGGGAACCGAGUCAACGACGUUCUAAAGAACAGGCUGUAUUUGCCAGAGCAUAUCCGCGACUAUUUCCCGCAAGAGUUGCACAAAGAGGCGGAUUUAGAUCCAGAAAACGGGCCCUAUCUGAUGGGUUUGCAUCCUCAUGGCAUUAUCUGCUACAGUCAUUUUGUCAACGUUCUCACGGAUGUCACCGGAUUCAAAUCUCUCUUUCCGUCCAUCGACCGCCGUAUUGCCACGCUCAAUAUCAUCUUCCUCUUUCCGUUCAUUCGAGAGCUCGCAUUGAUUCAUGGUCUUAUUAGCGUUGAAAAGAAUUCGAUCAAAUACUGGCUGAGUAGAGGUCGAAAUAAGGCUGUUGGAGUUGUGAUUGGCGGGGCAGCCGAGAGCUUGGAGUGUUUUGAGGGAACGAAUAGGAUCGUCUUGAAGAAAAGGAAGGGUUUCUUUAAGGUUGCUUUGGAAACUGGUGCAGCCCUCGUUCCGAUAUACAGUUUUGGAGAAACAUCGCUAUGGAAUCAAAUGAGCCACCCUAUGCUCUACAAACUUCAAAAAGCACUCCUGCGACUAUGCGGCUUCACCAUACCUCUGGCUUACGGACGAUGGUAUACACUGAUCCCGCGACAGCAACGUGUCGUCACCGUUGGUACGUUGCAGCCUUGCUAAGGACAGGUAACCCCCCUGAUACGUUGCCUAUCAUACUUGCAGUAGGAAAACCGAUACCCGUUACUAAAACGGAAAAUCCAACCUCGACUCAAAUCGACGAACUGCAAGCAAAAUACAUUCAAGCUCUGCAGAGCCUUUAUGACAAAUAUAAGGAUGAGUACGACAAGGAUCGGAAAGAGGAGUUGAAGAUUGUAGGAUGAAUCAAUGCAUAUGAGGCAGAUUAAGGGAUCUGAGUAUGAGGAAAGGCGGAGGAAGUAGUAAUUAAAGGCACAAACAGGAAACAAGAAUUCUUUGACAGCAAUCGCGUCAGACAAUGAGUUAGCGUCCUGCGAUAUGGUUAACUGCCCUUGGUCAUCUAAACUGUAUUUAUGUACUUUUGCAGACUUUUAUUGCUGAUAAUAAGCAUUUGCACCAUAUACGAUUUCUUCAUGGUAA